AUGGUCAUCAUCAGAGCCAUCGCCCACAGGGACACCGCCGACCUGGCCCACUGCCUCAGCAACCACCAACCCCACCGACCCCGAACCUUCAUCCCCGAUCUCAUCCAAGGAGCCCAAGUCAAACCCUGCACCGGCUGGCCAAACCUCACAAAGCCACCCACCAACGGCUGGUGGGCCGACAGACAAUCCUGUCAAUGCCCACCCUGCUACUUCUACUCCCUCACCGAUCAAAUUAACUCUGGCGCUUUACCUUUCUCUGUCGCUGUUCCUCUGGCUCAACUUAUCAAUGUGGGGUUGAUACGACUCAAUUUCCGUCAUGCUGAUCACAAUGAUGUGUUUACGACUGAGGAUAGAGAUUAUGCUUUGUCUCUGCACAGAGAUAUUUGCUACGGCAUCAAUUCGGGUCAGCUUCCUCUGCAGUUGCUUGAGAUUCUGCUGGUUGCUUCACGCAAGGCUGUGUUGAAGCCUUCGGAUGCUCGGGAGCCAGAGUAUCAGCACAAAGAGUUUGAGUUGUAUCUUAAGCGUGCCAUCAGGAAGUGCAAGGAGGACCAAAGCAAUGGCCAGAACGAGGAAGACAACGAUGAGCAAGCUCAGGAGGGUGCUCACCAGGAAGACGACCACGACGACGACGACGACGACGACGACGACGACGACAGUGAUUUGAGCCUCUCUUCCUCUGAUGAGGUCGAAGAUGAUGGAGCUCAUGAUGGUCGCUCCGACACUGAGACCGCUUUCUUGUGGACUGCUUCUGCAGCCAUUCGAUCUCGUCCAUAG